AUGACCGUGAGCCUGGAAGAGUCACGCUUGGAUCUUCUGAACGCCGAGUCCGUAAUGGCUCAGAUCGAUGCGGCGCAGAUCGACCUGCUCUUUGACAGGUCUGCGGGCUUGGAGCUGCGUGCAGUCCUGCACUUCAUGGGCCAGUUGGCCCAGGUCUCCAAGGAGGAGCUGGCUUGCGAGGAGAUGCCCCGCAUUUUUUCGCUGCAGAAGCUGGUGGAGGUGGCCAUCAGCAACUUGAUGCGUCCGCCCGAGGUUUGGUCCGAGAUUUGGCGAAUAGUCAGCCGGCAUUUGGCCGAUGUGGCGAGCCAUCACAAUGUCAGUAUAGGUCUCUACGCCAUCAACUGCUUAAAGCAGCUGGCGAUGAAAUUUUUGGAACAUGAGGAAGUGCGCCAGCAGGAAACCUUCGGGCAAGUCCUGCUGGAGCCCUUCGAGAAGUUAAUGAAAUCUAAGCUGGCCAGCCCCGAAGUCAAGGGGCUUGUCGUGUCGAGCGUCGACUUCAUGGUAGAGAAACGCCCUGGCUCCAUCGGGGCAGGCUGGGCGCAGGUCUUCCAGAUCCUGCAGCUGGCGGCCUCAGAGCCGAAGUCUAACAAGGAAGUCCUGGAUGCCGCCUUCGCCAUCAUGAAGGUCGCCGUGGCCUCGCGAACUUUGCAAAGAGCGUCCACGCUCUACUGGCUUUCGGCCAUUGCCGGUUUGCCGCCAUCAGCUUCCAAGCUCUGA